GAGAGAGAGAGAGAGAGCCAGACACAUUUGCGUCUGCAUACAUCUCGUUGCCUACAACUGUGAACGAGAGAAGCGCUGCGUUCUUGGGUUGGCGACGGCGACGUUAAUCUAGGACAGGACAGGAUGAGCGAGCGGUUUGACUGCGCUGGCUGUAAGCAGUCCCUGUACGGACACAAGUUCAUCGAGACAGAUGACAGAUCCCCCCACUGUAUCUCCUGCUACAAUAAGAUGUUCACCCACACCUGUGCAGAGUGCAAUGAGUUGAUCCAGCACAAUGUCCGGGAGCUGUCCUAUGACGACAGGCACUACCACGAGCAGUGCCUGCGCUGCACCCGCUGCAGCCAAUCCCUGGCGGACGAGCGUUUCACCCGCCACGGGAAGGCACUGCUCUGCAACGCCUGCUUCCAGAACGAGUUCUCCUCUGUGUGUGCGGCCUGCAAGGAGACCAUCCAGCCAGGCGGCAAGAAGCUGGAGUACAAGGGCCAGACCUGGCACGAGGCCUGCUUCGUCUGCCAGGGCUGCCAGCAGCCCAUCGGAGGCAAGGCCUUCGUGCCCGACGACGACGGCCACUACUGCUCGCCGUGCUACGAGAACAAGUUCGCCCCGCGCUGCAGCCGCUGCAAACUGGUGCUGCUGACAGGCGGCGUGACCUAUCGCGACGAGGCGUUUCACAGGCACUGCUUCGUGUGCGGGGGCUGUGGGGUUGAGCUGGCGGGGAAGCAGUUCACCACCCAGGACGACAGUCCCUACUGCGUCCAGUGCUUCACCAAAACCUAUGCCCAGAAGUGUGAGGUCUGCAGUGAGCCAAUCACAGGUUUCGGGGAGGGGAAGUUUGUGUCCUUCGGGGAGCGCCACUGGCACCAUACCUGUUUCUCCUGCUCCCGCUGCUCCGCGUCUCUGGUGGGCGUCGGCUUCUUCCAGGAGAAUGACCUGAUUCUGUGCCGUGAUUGCAGCACCCAGCCUUAGACCACACCUACCCCCUGCCUCUAACCACUCCCUGAACCUAUCGAACAUCAGGGGUGCGCCCCAAAACUCUGGAAAUGCAUCCUCCUUUCCUAAUCACCUUGUCUCCUAUCCUAUCCGGAACUAUGACGAGACGAGUGGAGGAAAGGAGGAUGCAUUUUUUCGGGUAUUUGGACACACCCCUGCAGUCUUGUUCGCCCUCUGUCCCUUCAUUUAAACUGUCCUCAUCUUCAGUAUUGUACUGUGUGUGUAAAUUCAUCCAGACUUGUUGUUUAUGAUCGUGGGUCCUGUCAUAAGGCUACGUGUGCAAACAGUGUGUAAAUCUCAUUAUGAGAGAAUUAUAAGGUUCUAAAAAAACAAGGUAGUGUCAUAAAUAGUGUCUGAAAAUGAGGGUGAUCCCCCUGUAUAAAUAAAGUAAAAUAUAAUAAAUAUGUUGUUACUAGGGCACUAAAUAUAUGUGAAGUUUUACACAAAAGUACUGUUUAAAAGUAUGAAAAAAAUGCUCAAUUAAAAUGUCUGCUUUGAGUCCUUUCACUUUGGUGAAAACUACCCAGAAUGCAGAUGGAACCAUAUAAUUCCAAGGUCACGAAUAGCGCUGGAAAAAUUAUGUCAGAAACAUGCAUUAAAAAAACAAUCUGUCCCAAAUGUUUACUUAAGUGAUGUUUUAUAAAUAUCCAAAUAAAUGUAAAGCGAAAUGGCA